GAAAUUAUUUUUACCAACAAUUUCAGAGGAAUUUCGAAAGCGUGUUGUUAAAUACAAUUCAAUAGUUAAAGAUGUAUAUGGAUGUUAUAUAGAAAAUGUAACAAAAUAUUUACGUUCAUUAAAUAAUGAACAAGAAGAAAUUUUGCCUUUUUCGAAUAUAUCAUUUUCUCAAAAACCUGAUUAUGAUAAUGGAACAUUUGAAUAUAAUCUUCAUUAUCAUCAAUCACAACAAAUAAAAAAUCCAUCAAUAUCACCAUUUGCUGGUCUAUCAGGUCUUACACAUGAACAACUUAUGUCAAAUUAUAAUUCAAUUAUUAGUUCAUGGGAUCUUGUUUAUGAUCUUGAUUUAUCACCAAAAGUUGUUCCAUUUGUUGAUAUUGAUUGUCGUGAUCAUACGAAUACAUCAUAUCAUUUGAACAGUUAUGCAUUAGAUUUUUUUAAACAAGGUUCCGAAGCAUCAUUAAUUAAUGAAAAUGGUUUAAGUCCCGGUGAUACAUAUUGUCUUUUACUGGAUCUUCAUCUUGUACUUUCGUCUGUUAAAACAUCAUUAGAAGUAAUUAUAAAUAAUGAACAAAAACAGACUACAAACAAUGAUUUAGCAAUAUUUGAGCAAUUGUAUAAAACAUUAUCAAAUGUACAAAAUAUUUUUUCAAGCAACUUUCAAAUACAAUAUCCAAGUCGAAAUCAAAUGUAAAUAAUUUCAUAUUAAGUUGUGAUUAAAAUAUGAAAAUUUGCUUUUUUUUCUGUUUUGUUAAGCAAGAUAAUUAUAAUAAACUCGCGUUUGUUUCUCAAAUUAUCUUUUGAACAUCAUCUUCCUUAAUAGGAAAGGUACUUUAAAAGUAUAAAAGUAAUAAUGAAAAUUUUGUUAGAUUUAGUUACAUCUUGUUGCCCGUUUUUCUAAGUAAUAAUCAUCAACGAGAUACAUAGAACUAAGAAAUUUUCACGUAUUUUAAUAUUGAAUUUAUUAUUAUUCAAUAUACAUAAAAUCAUACGACAAUAACUAAAUUGAAUAAUUAACCUGAAAUAAAUUUUCAAAACGCCAGAGAAGCCUCAAAUAUGUAACAGAGAUGUGCAUCGUCCAACAAAGUUUUGAGAACAAUCACUUCGUGCUCGUCUCUCUUGUUAUAUGAAUCGUUCUUUAUGAGAUAAUAUUGGUUUCACUAUCUCAUUUCGAUCAAAAUUCAGCGAGUUUCAAUGUAAUGAGCAUAAUAUAUAAAUCCACCCAUACCCAUACCCACCCUACGAUUUGUGUAGUUAUUCUAGAAGGUAUUCAUGGUCGAAAACGGGUGUGAGUGUGGUUGAAAUGAAGACUCAUACCCACGUCUUGAUAGAUCAGAAUUUUAUUAUUAUGAUUAAAAAAAAUAGAACAGUGGAAUAAAAAAGUGUGAAACUUAUGACAAAAUGAAAUAUAAAAGUCAUUCUUCAGAUAUUCUCUGAUACAUGAAAAAUGUUUUCAUCUAAUCAUUGAAAAUUCUAACAGAUAGUAACAUUUAUCGAUGAAUGAUCUACAUUUGUUUCCUAUAUGAAAUAAAAAAAUUUCAAAUAUAAAAAAGACUGAAUAAUAAUAGCUCAUUUUCUAUUCAAGCAUGAUAAUUAUUCAUUUUAAAUCCUAUAAAAAAAGCUGAUACAUUUACUUGAAAAUGAUAGUUUGAAAAUAGUAAAAACUAAUUAAUGUUCUAUUGAUAAACUCUAGGAAGGAUUAGUUCACUUCAAGAAUGAUCCUUUUAAAUAAUUUCAAUAAUUUCAUAUGAUAUGGUAUUUGUUUAGAUAUUUCUUCUUUUAAUUAUGAGAAAAAGUUUGAGACAUCCAUUUAUGUAACAAUUUAUUCUUUACACAACACAAUCUUGUUUUCAAUAAGAUAGUUCUAGGUAGCCAUAAUCUUCAUGGAACAUAUCAAUUUUUAACAAUAUACUAUUAUUCUCUUCUCUAUUGAUAGGAAAAUGAAUGCUCUGAAAACUGCUAACCUUGUUUUUUAAAAAUGUUUUUCCUUAUAUACAAAAUUCAAAAGUUUAAAACAUAAUCUUAAAACCGCACUUUUAUGUUUUUUCCAGAUAUUAUUGAUUGGUUAAAACCUUUUUCCGAUAAAAUUCGACACGAAUCAAUGCAAAUUUUUCUCCUACGAUUAAUAGUUCACAUGAAAUCAAAUUUUCCGAAAUUCGAAUCUGUUUAUGCAAAAUUUAUUUACAUAUCUUUAAAAACAGAAUUGAAAUCUAAAAGAUGUUGAUACAAAUAUUCUGUCAGAAAAGUGGUUUAGUAUUAUCAGAUUCUAAAAUUCACAAAAGAGUUUUCUUGUUCAUUUGCUUUCUGAAAUUUUGAAGUUUACAUAAAGAAAUGUAAAAUUUCAUAAUGACUCUUAUGCUCUGUUUAUAAUUUCAAUACAAUUGUUCUAAAAAAUGCUUCAUCGUUUUUUCAAUCUUUAUCCACUGCGAUUUGCAAAUCAGACAUUGCCAAGUUUUUUUGAUUUUUCAAUGAGAAUGUACAGAAAGGGCUAUAAAUAGUACUACGAAUAGGGUGUGGAUCUUCUUGGGGUGUGGGUGUCUGGGUAUGGAUGUGGGUGUGGGUAUGGAUGUGGGUGUGGGUAUGGAUGUGGGUGUAGACGUGAGUGUGGGUGUGGGUGUGGGUGUGAAUGUGGGUGUGGGUGGGUGUGUUAUUGGGGAAAAAGAAUACAUAUCCGCACACCCCACACCCAUACACAUACCCCACACCCACACCCUACACCCAUAUCCACACCCACACCCACACCCACACCCACCCACACCAACCCACACCCACUCACACACCCACACCCACACACCCGCACCCACACCCGCACCCAUCCGCACACCCCACACCCAUACACAUACCCCACACCCACACCCUACACCCAUACCCACACCCACACCCACACUCACACCCACACCCACCCACACCCACUCACACACCCACACCCACACCCAUCCGCACACCCCACACCCACACCCU